CUCUCCUUCUCCUAGGCGAACAAAAGUCCGUGAAGGGGAUCGCGACUCCCAAGAAGGGGAACGGGAACGGGAACGGGAACGGGAACGAGAGAGGGAGCGGGAACGAGAACGAGAGAGGGAGCGGGAGCGGGAGUAUGACAGAGGACGAGAGCUGCGUGUUAAGCAGGAAGAGGAGAGGUAUAAGAGGGUGAAAGAGGAGGAGAAGGAUGAAGAUCAUGAUCGGGAUCGGGAUCGGGAUUGGCGCAGGACGAGAGAGCGAGAUGGGGAUAGGCCGCGUGAACGAGAACGAGAACGAGAACGAGAACGGGAUCAUGAUCGUGAUCGUGAUAGGGAACGGGAUAGGGACCGGGAACGGGAGGACAGAGAGAGUGAGAGGUACAAAGACGGCCGACCUGGUCGUAUGAGGGAUGACCGCGCUUAUCGGCGGCGAGACGAACAGGACCGGAAGCAGGAUCGUGCCCGAAGUUCCCGCUCUCCCCCUGCGCGGCGCCGCCCUUCCCCUCCAGCAGCCUUCCCCCCCUCCAGUCGCGCACGUUCCCCCUUCCCCCCCUCCAAUCACCCCCGUUCCCCCUCCCCCCCAGCAGCCGCCAACCCCCAGUCCCUCCCAAACUUCGCCCCCUCCGGCGCCCUAGCCGCAGAAACCAACACCAUGCACGGCGUCCUCCUCAAGUAUAACGAACCCCCCGAAGCUCGCAGGCCGGAAGUGGGCUGGAGGCUGUAUGUGUUCAAGCAUGAUGUGCAGGUGGAGAUGUUAAGUAUUGGGAGGCAGUCGGCGUAUUUGGUAGGCAGGGAUCGGGUGGUAUCGGAUAUCCCGAUCGACCACCCCUCCUGCUCAAAACAACACGCAGUAAUCCAAUACCGAUGCAUAACAUCCAAGAACCCAUAUGGAGAUUCCCAAUCUACAGUCAAACCGUUCAUAAUCGAUUUGGAUUCUACGAAUGGGACGUUUGUGAAUGGACAGGAGGUGCCGAAGAGCCGGUUUUAUGAGUUGAAGGAGAAGGAUGUGAUCCGAUUCGGGCAGAGUACGAGAGAGUACGUCUUAUUACACGAUGAGGCAGCGUAGCGCGUAUCCGUACCCGUAUGAGACCCGUCCUGCGAGGCGCUCGAACGGGAGGUAGGGUAAGUGGGAGGUGAUGGAUUACCAGCUGGAAGGAUUGUAACCAAAAGCGGGUUAUCUCUGCACGGGGCAAGUAGGAUCAUGCAUUUGCGGUCAUGCGAAAGGAGAAGCGCGUGAAACGAUCGAAAAGAUGAGCAAUAUAAACGUGUCCUGCGCUCAUUUGUUCAGCAAUACAGUACGCACGGAGUGCUGGCCUAAUCGACCGAAUAUGAACCGCAAUCCCUGGCGGUUCGUUGUACCUUGGCGAUGGGUGGUACGCUUAGGAUCUGGCAGGUGUGGGUGCUUACAGUACCGCCUGUUAGGGUACUGCUUGAGCGUCUAUCAUCCAUCAUUCACCAUCUUCUCAACC